CCUAAUUCCCAAAGCAAUAAAAACUCAGGGCAUUAUUCGUCACUCUCAUUUUCGCGGCGCACAACACAACGCUCUUCGGAUUCCGAUCUCACGCGCCGCCAUCAUGGUGAACGUUCCAAAGACAAAGAAGACAUACUGCAAGAGUAAGGAGUGCAAGAAGCACACUUUGCACAAGGUUACUCAAUACAAGAAGGGUAAAGAUAGCAUUGCUGCUCAAGGAAAACGCCGUUAUGAUCGGAAACAGUCCGGUUAUGGUGGACAGACUAAGCCUGUCUUCCACAAGAAGGCAAAAACCACCAAGAAAAUUGUUUUGAGGUUGCAAUGCCAGGGUUGCAAGCAUGUCUCCCAACAUGCAAUCAAGAGGUGCAAGCAUUUUGAGAUUGGUGGCGACAAGAAGGGGAAAGGAACCUCUCUUUUCUAAGUGGAGAAUUAUGAUUUGCAGUUUUUCUGUUUUUCGCAAUAUUGGAAUGCUUUGCUUUUCUAUGGAUUUUUGGUAGCUAUAUUUUAUUUUUUUGCGACACAUUUUGUGAUUUGAGAAGUGAAGACUAUUUAUAAUACCAUAGACUACUUGUUUCCAUUC